AUAAUGGAUAAGCGAAACAACAAGUCACAUUCAAUGUCGAUAAAGUUCGUCAGGCCACAAUCCACCUCCCGUGAGGGUCCCAGGGAUAAAUCUGCACUUUCUAAGGAAAAAGUGAGGGAAGAUUUGCAGAAAGAAUUUUGCCCUGCAAUCGAUAGUGCACUCGUGGAAGCUCUUUUGAUGGAAAGGGCCGAGCUUUCUGAGUCUUGGAUUCUUGAGAUGAAGUCUACCUUGCGGCAGCUGGCCGCAGGAGCUGGUGAGGCAACCACCGUUUCUCACACCACUUCUCAGGGGAAACACGUCAGGGGCGAGCCAGAUGAUUCAGCAUCCCUUUCCGAAUCGUUAUCGACAUCUCUAUCCCUUCGGGACUCUUCGCUUUCUGGCCUCAGCUUGUUCUCGACUCCCCCCGAGUUCUUGAGAUCAAUUUUUCCGAAUAUUCCAAACCAAUUGUUGGAACGAACGCUUGAGUCGCAUGGAUGGCCUCCAAAAGUCCUCCUCACUGAAGACAUCUCUCCGGAUAUUGAUAUGGACGUCAUCGUGAAUUACCUUAUAGGUGUGGAACGAGAGACCAAUGGAAUGGAGCACGAUAUGAGCGAAGAUGACGUUCCCGACCUCCAGAAUGGCAGCGGUAUACCACGGGGGAGGGUCGAGAGUGGGAACGUGAACAUGAAUGGAAAUGGAUCACGCAGGGGGAAGGGACCUAAACCCAAGCCUAUCCUCAUUGUUGACACUCUUCAGCGGCAACAUAUGUCGACGCCCUCUGCAAACCGCCCUCAAAACUCUGAUGCGCAAAAUCCCUGGUCUCAUGUGGACUCUUUGGCCACCUACUUAAGCACUUUACUUCCUCAGACAAGCUACUCCCAAUUUUUGGGGCUUUUCCAUGACCCUUCAUAUGCGACAACUGCUGAUGCCCUCAGAGGUUAUCUGAACACUGCACCUUCCACGUCCUCUGAAACACAUGGACUCACUGGCAGGAUCACCGAAAGGGACGCUAAGCACCUUGUCGAAUUAUUCUCUCCAGUAGCGUCGGAGGAAGCAGGAAACUUGUACCCUGAUGCAAAGGCUUGCCUUAAAGCAGCAGGUGGUGACAAGGCCAAGGCAUUUGAUGUUUUGUCUUGUUUGCAUGACUUGGGAAAAAGCGAGACUGUCAUUCGGCGCUCAGUUGCUCACUCUGAGCAAUCACCGUCUGAAUCGCGUUUCAGCAGAGGGAAGCCUCCCCCCACAUCAGCUGCAGGGUCAAAUGUUGCUUCCAUGUCGUCGACAGAAUGGGUUGCAGUGCAUAACAAACGUCAUAAACUAUCCGCACGCGAGGAGUCUCGGAAUUCUGCCCUUCUGUGCGGGCCGGACGAGGGAGGUGAUGGGACAAACAAUUCGGAAACGGCAGAAGGGGUAAUGGGGAAAGUCGAGACACUGCGAAGCAAGAGAAAAGAGGCUAGUGCUCUCCUGCAGGCUGCCGAUCAUUGGAAGAAGAGACAUCGUUUAGGGGGUGGUGGGGCAGCCGAAUACUAUGCUAGCCGGGCGCGUGGAUUGUAUCAAGAAAUUGAAGAAGUUGAAUUAUGCGCUGCCCGGAUGCAAGUCGAGAGCGCACGUCAAAGCGAUGGAAAGACAGUAGAUUUCCACGGACUGUCAGUCAAGCAGUGCAGCAAAUUAUCCAGAGAAUUCGUUGAAGCUUGGUGGUCUUCCGCCAAACACGAUGUCAACCAUGAACCCUUCACCAUUAUCACUGGAUGGGGGAAACAUUCUUCUGGGCAUCGAGGUAAGCUUGGCCCAGCGGUGAACUCUACCCUAAAGAAGGCGGGGUGGGAUGUCAGGAUUGGACAGGGAAAGGUCAUCGUUAUGGGAAAACGGUGACUUGACAUCUUAUUGGAAGCAUUAAUUUGUUGGGCACAAUAUUAAUCUGUAAAUCAUUCGUUCUUUUGUAUAGUCACUGAAAGGCCGCCUUCUACGGCAAUAAUUCCCUAGCCUUUG